UCGCGGCAAAACUCCGGUAAUACCGAGGGAGAGUGAGUGGGGCCAGGACCCGCCGAGCCCAGCGGACACCUCUUUCCUCUGGCACUGGUGGGCAGGGCAGGGGGCACCGCUGGACCGGCGCUGCCAGAAACAAUUUCUCGGGGCGCUUUGCUCCUGUUUUUACCCCCGCCCUUCCCCUUCUCCGGAAGGGUUUUCCAAGGGGUAGGGGGAAAGACGCACACACAAAAGUGGAAAGCAGUUAAUGACCAGCCACAGCGGCCCUGCUGUGAGCUGCCCGCUGCCUCCAGGAGCUCCUGAGCCGCGCACAGGUGGCUGUGGCUGCCAGCUGAGGAGACAUGGCUUACUGGCCACAGCUGAGGUUGCUGCUGUGGAAGAACCUCACGUUCAGAAGAAGACAAACAUUUCAGCUUUUGCUGGAAGUGGCCUGGCCCCUAUUUAUCUUCCUGAUCCUGAUCUCUGUUCGACUGAGCUACCCACCCUACGAGCAACACGAAUGCCACUUUCCAAACAAAGCCAUGCCCUCUGCAGGAACGCUUCCUUGGGUUCAGGGGAUUAUCUGUAAUGCCAAUAACCCCUGUUUCCGUUAUCCGACUCCUGGUGAGGCUCCUGGGGUUGUUGGAAACUUUAACAAGUCCAUCGUGUCUCGCCUGUUCUCGGAUGCUCAGCGGCUUCUUUUAUAUAGUCAGAAAGACACCAGCAUGAAGGACAUGCACCACGUUCUGAGGACAUUACAGCAGAUUGAGCAUUCCAACUCAAGCUUGAAACUUCAGGAUUUCUUAGUGGACAAUGAAACCUUCUCUGGAUUCCUGACUUACAACCUCUCUCUGCCAAAGCCUACUGUGGACAAAAUGCUGGGGGCUGAUGUUCGUCUCCACAAGGUAUUUUUGCAAGGCUACCAGUUACAUUUGACCAGUCUGUGCAGUGGAUCAGAAUCAGAAGAGGUGAUUCAACUUGGUGACCAAGAAGUUUCUACACUUUGCAGCUUGCCAAGGGAGGAACUAGAUGCAGCGGAGCGAGUGCUUCGUUCCAACAUGGACAUCCUGAAGCCGAUCCUGACAGAACUAAACUAUACAUCUCCCAUCCUGAGCAAGGAACUGACUAAGGCCACAAAAGCUUUGAUGGAUAGUCUCGGGACUCUGGCCCAAGAGCUGUUCAGCAUGAACAGUUGGAGUGACAUGCGGCAGGAGGUGAUGUUCCUGACCAGCGUGAACAGUUCCAGCUCCUCCACGCAGAUCUACCAGGCUGUGUCCCGUAUUGUGUGUGGCCAUCCUGAGGGUGGGGGCCUGAAGAUCAAGUCCCUCAACUGGUACGAGGACAACAACUACAAAGCCCUCUUUGGAGGCAACGGCACUGAGGAAGAUGCUGGCACCUUUUAUGACAAUUCUACAACCCCUUAUUGCAAUGAUUUGAUGAAGAAUUUGGAGUCCAGUCCUCUUUCCCGCAUCAUAUGGAAAGCUCUCAAGCCUCUGCUUGUUGGAAAGAUCCUAUAUACACCGGACACUCCAGCCAUAAGGCAGGUGAUGGCUGAGGUGAAUAAGACCUUUCAGGAACUGGCUGUGUUUCAUGAUCUGGAAGGCAUGUGGGAAGAGCUGAGCCCCAAGAUCUGGACCUUCAUGGAGAGUAACCCGGAAAUGGACCUUGUUCGGACACUGUUGGACAGCAGAAGCAAUGACGAGUUUUGGGAACAGAAAUUGGAUGGCUUAGGUUGGACCGCUAAAGACAUCCUGGCAUUUUUGGCCAAGCACCCAGAGGAUGUCCAGUCUGCUAAUGGCUCUGUGUAUACCUGGAGAGAAGCCUUCAAUGAGACCAACCAGGCAAUUAAGACCAUCUCUCGUUUCAUGGAGUGUGUCAACCUGAACAAGCUCGAGCCAAUAGCCACGGAGGUCCGGCUCAUCAACAAGUCCAUGGAGCUGCUGGAUGAGAGGAAGUUCUGGGCUGGGAUCGUGUUCACCGGGAUCACGCCUGGCAGUGUGGAGCUGCCCCACCAUGUCAAGUACAAGAUCCGAAUGGACAUUGACAAUGUGGAGAGGACAAAUAAAAUCAAAGAUGGGUACUGGGACCCGGGUCCUCGGGCUGACCCCUUUGAGGAUAUGCGGUACGUCUGGGGAGGCUUUGCCUACUUGCAAGAUGUGGUGGAACAGGCGGUCAUCAGGGUGCUGACCGGCACCGAGAAGAAAGCCGGUGUUUAUGUGCAGCAGAUGCCCUACCCCUGCUAUGUCGAUGACAUCUUCCUGCGGGUGAUGAGCCGGUCGAUGCCUCUGUUCAUGACGCUGGCCUGGAUCUACUCCGUGGCCGUGAUCAUCAAGGGCAUCGUGUACGAGAAGGAGGCACGGCUGAAGGAGACCAUGCGCAUCAUGGGCCUGGACAGCGGCAUCCUCUGGUCCAGCUGGUUCAUCAGCAGCCUCAUUCCCCUGCUCGUGAGCGCUGGCCUGCUGGUGGUCAUCCUGAAGUUAGGAAACCUGCUGCCCUACAGCGACCCCAGCGUGGUGUUUGUCUUCCUGUCGGUGUUUGCCGUGGUCACCAUCCUGCAGUGCUUCCUGAUCAGCACGCUCUUUUCCAGAGCCAACCUGGCGGCAGCCUGCGGGGGCAUCAUCUACUUCAUUCUCUACCUGCCCUACGUCCUGUGCGUGGCGUGGCAAGACUAUGUGGGCUUCACGCUCAAGAUCUUCGUGAGCCUGCUGUCUCCUGUGGCUUUUGGGUUUGGCUGUGAGUAUUUUGCCCUUUUUGAGGAGCAGGGCGUUGGAGUGCAGUGGGACAAUCUGUUUGAGAGCCCCAUGGAGGAAGAUGGCUUCAACCUCACCACGUCGGUCUCCAUGAUGCUGUUCGACACCUUUAUCUAUGGAGUGAUGACGUGGUACAUCGAGGCUGUCUUUCCAGGCCAGUAUGGCAUACCCAGGCCCUGGUAUUUUCCUUGCACCAAAUCCUACUGGUUCGGCGAGGAAAGCGAGGAGAAGAGCCACCCUGGUUCCAGCCAGAAGGGAAUAUCGGAAAUUUGCAUGGAGGAGGAGCCCACACACCUGAAGCUGGGCGUGUCUAUUCAGAACCUGAUGAAAGUUUACCGGGAUGGCAUGAAGGUGGCUGUUGAUGGCCUGGCCUUGAAUUUCUAUGAGGGCCAGAUUACCUCCUUCCUGGGCCACAAUGGAGCUGGGAAGACCACCACCAUGUCAAUCCUGACCGGGUUGUUCCCUCCCACCUCGGGCACUGCCUACAUCUUGGGGAAAGACAUUCGAUUUGAGAUGAGCACCAUCCGGCAGAACCUGGGGGUCUGCCCCCAGCACAACGUGCUGUUUGACAUGCUGACUGUGGAAGAACACAUCUGGUUCUAUGCACGUCUGAAAGGGCUCUCAGAGAAGCACGUGAAAGCAGAGAUGGAGCAAAUGGCCCUGGAUGUUGGGUUGCCGCCCAGUAAACUUAAAAGCAAAACGAGUCAGCUCUCAGGUGGAAUGAAGAGAAAGCUGUCUGUGGCUCUGGCUUUCGUUGGAGGAUCCAAGGUUGUCAUUCUGGAUGAGCCUACAGCUGGCGUGGACCCUUACUCCCGCAGGGGAAUAUGGGAACUACUGCUAAAAUAUCGACAAGGCCGCACCAUUAUUCUCUCCACACACCACAUGGACGAAGCAGACAUCCUGGGGGACAGAAUUGCCAUCAUUUCCCAUGGGAAGCUGUGCUGCCUGGGCUCCUCCCUGUUCCUGAAGAACCAGCUGGGAACAGGCUACUACCUGACCCUGGUCAAGAAGGAUGUGGAAUCCUCCCUCAGUUCCUGCAGAAAUAGCAGUAGCACUGUGUCAUACCUGAAGAAGGAGGACAGUGUUUCUCAGAGCAGUUCUGAUGCUGGCCUGGGCAGCGACCAUGAAAGUGACACGCUGACCAUCGAUGUCUCCGCUAUCUCCAACCUCAUCAGGAAGCAUGUGGCUGAGGCCCGGCUAGUGGAAGACAUUGGGCAUGAGCUCACUUACGUGCUGCCCUAUGAAGCUGCCAAAGAGGGGGCCUUUGUGGAACUCUUCCAUGAGAUUGAUGACCGGCUCUCAGACCUGGGCAUCUCUAGUUACGGCAUCUCAGAGACUACACUGGAAGAAAUAUUUCUCAAAGUGGCUGAAGAGAGUGGGGUGGACGCUGAGACUUCAGAUGGCACCUUGCCAGCAAGACGAAACAGACGGGCCUUUGGGGACAAGCAGAGCUGUCUUCGCCCAUUCACUGAAGAUGAUGCCGUUGAUCCUAAUGAUUCUGAUGUAGACCCAGAAUCCAGAGAGACAGACCUGCUCAGCGGGAUGGACGGCAAAGGCUCCUACCAAGUGACGGGCUGGAAGCUCACACAGCAGCAGUUUGUGGCCCUUCUGUGGAAGAGGCUGCUGAUUGCCAGACGGAGUCGGAAGGGAUUCUUUGCUCAGAUUGUCCUGCCAGCUGUGUUUGUCUGCAUUGCCCUGGUGUUCAGCUUGAUCGUGCCACCCUUUGGCAAAUACCCGAGCCUGGAGCUUCAGCCCUGGAUGUACAACGAACAGUACACAUUUGUCAGUAAUGAUGCUCCUGAGGACCUGGGCACCCAGGAACUCUUGAAUGCCCUCACCAGAGACCCUGGCUUCGGGACCCGUUGUAUGGAAGGAAACCCAAUCCCGUGUGAGACCUUAACGAUGUCCUGGUUACGUCUCCCUAAAGUAACAGCUCAUCCAUUCAUCAGUAUAACUCCAGUGAACAAAAGAAUUUACUGGAGAAAACAGAACACUGCAGACAUCCUUCAGAACCUGACAGGAAGAAACAUUUCGGAUUAUCUGGUGAAGACCUAUGUGCAGAUCAUAGCCAAAAGUUUAAAGAACAAGAUCUGGGUGAAUGAGUUUAGGUACGGAGGGUUUUCCCUGGGUGCCAGUAAUUCGUAUUCAUUCCCUUCAAGUCAAGAAGUUAAUAAUGCCAUCAAGCAAGUGAAGAAACACUUGAAGCUAGCCAAGGACAGUUCUGCAGAUCGAUUUCUCAGCAGCUUGGGAAGAUUCAUGACUGGACUAGAUACAAAAAAUAACGUCAAGGUGUGGUUCAACAACAAGGGCUGGCAUGCCAUUAGCUCUUUCUUGAAUGUCAUGAACAAUGCCAUCCUCCGGGCCAACCUGCAGAAGGGAGAGAACCCCAGCCAGUAUGGGAUUACUGCUUUCAAUCACCCUCUGAAUCUCACCAAACAACAGCUCUCGGAAGUGGCUCUGAUGACUACAUCAGUGGAUGUCCUUGUGUCCAUCUGUGUCAUCUUUGCAAUGUCCUUCGUCCCAGCCAGCUUUGUGGUGUUCCUGAUCCAAGAGCGGGUCAGCAAAGCAAAGCACCUGCAGUUCAUCAGUGGAGUGAAACCUGUCAUCUAUUGGCUCUCCAAUUUUGUGUGGGAUAUGUGCAACUAUGUGGUCCCUGCUACGCUGGUCAUUAUCAUCUUCAUCUGCUUCCAGCAGAAGUCCUAUGUGUCCUCCACCAACCUGCCCGUGCUAGCCCUUCUGCUUUUGCUGUAUGGGUGGUCGAUCACACCUCUCAUGUACCCAGCCUCCUUUGUGUUCAAGAUCCCCAGCACAGCCUACGUGGUCCUCACCAGCGUGAACCUCUUCAUCGGGAUUAAUGGCAGCGUGGCCACUUUUGUACUGGAGCUGUUCACCAACAAUAAACUGAAUAACAUCAAUGAUAUCCUGAAGUCUGUAUUCUUGAUCUUCCCACAUUUUUGCCUGGGACGGGGGCUCAUCGACAUGGUGAAAAAUCAGGCAAUGGCUGAUGCCUUGGAAAGAUUUGGGGAGAAUCGUUUUGUUUCACCCCUGUCCUGGGACUUAGUGGGACGAAACCUCUUCGCCAUGGCCGUGGAAGGGGUGGUGUUCUUCCUCAUCACUGUUCUGAUCCAGUACAGAUUCUUCAUCAGGCCCAGACCUGUGAAUGCAAAGCUUCCUCCUUUGAAUGAUGAGGAUGAAGAUGUGAAGCGGGAAAGACAGAGAAUUCUUGAUGGUGGAGGACAGAAUGACAUCUUGGAAAUCAAGGAGCUGACAAAGAUCUACAGAAGAAAGAGGAAGCCUGCUGUUGACAGGAUUUGUGUUGGCAUUCCUCCUGGUGAGUGCUUUGGACUUCUGGGAGUUAAUGGGGCUGGGAAAUCGUCAACUUUCAAGAUGUUAACUGGAGAUACCACGGUUACCAGAGGAGAUGCUUUCCUUAACAAAAACAGUAUCUUAUCAAACAUCCACGAAGUACAUCAGAACAUGGGCUAUUGCCCUCAGUUUGAUGCCAUCACGGAACUACUGACUGGAAGAGAGCACGUGGAGUUCUUUGCCCUCCUGAGAGGAGUCCCAGAGAAAGAAGUUGGGAAGGUUGGUGAAUGGGCAAUUCGAAAACUGGGCCUCGUGAAGUAUGGAGAAAAAUAUGCUGGUAACUACAGUGGAGGCAACAAACGCAAGCUCUCAACAGCCAUGGCUUUGAUUGGUGGGCCUCCUGUGGUGUUUCUGGAUGAACCUACCACAGGCAUGGAUCCCAAAGCCCGGAGAUUCCUGUGGAAUUGUGCCUUAAGUAUUGUCAAGGAAGGGAGAUCAGUAGUGCUCACAUCUCACAGUAUGGAAGAAUGUGAAGCUCUGUGCACUAGGAUGGCAAUUAUGGUGAACGGGAGGUUCCGGUGUCUUGGCAGUGUCCAACAUCUGAAAAAUAGGUUUGGAGAUGGUUAUACAAUAGUUGUACGAAUAGCAGGGUCCAACCCUGAUCUGAAGCCUGUCCAGGAGUUCUUCGGACUUGCCUUUCCUGGAAGUGUCCUCAAGGAGAAGCACCGGAACAUGCUCCAGUACCAGCUUCCAUCCUCAUUAUCUUCCCUGGCUAAGAUAUUCAGCAUCCUUUCCCAGAGCAAAAAGCGACUCCACAUAGAAGACUACUCUGUUUCUCAGACAACACUUGACCAAGUAUUUGUAAACUUUGCCAAGGACCAAAGUGAUGAUGACCACUUAAAGGACUUGUCAUUACACAAAAAUCAGACAGUAGUGGAUGUUGCAGUUCUCACAUCUUUUCUCAAGGAUGAGAAAGUGAAAGAAAGUUACGUGUGAAGAACACUGUUCAUGCAGGGUGACUGAAAGAAAGGAGGAACCGGCCUUCCCUUUGCAUCAUGUGAAGCGUUCCAAAAGCAAGAGCUGGAUGUUUUUUUGUGGGAAGAAGUAAACUGGAUACUGUACUGAUACUAUCUUCAAUGCAAUGCAAUUCAAUGCAAUGAAAACAAAAUUCCAUUACAGGGGCAGUGCCUUUGUAGCCUAUACCUUGAAUGGCUCUCAAGUGAAAAAGACUUGAAUUUAGUUUAUUACCGUAUACCUAUGUGAAACUCUGGUAUGGAACCCAGUGGACAUAUGGGUUUGAAAUCACACUUUUUUUUUUUUUUUGUUCCUUUGUAUUCUCACUGGGGUUGCAACAAUAAUUCAUCAAGUAAUCAUGGCCAGUGAUUAUCAAAAUCAAAAGGCAUGUACAUCUUCAUUCGUUAAGCCGUGCCAUGCUAGGAGACCGGUUUCCUGGUGACACAUCCAUUGCUGGCAAUGAGUGUGCCAGAAUUGCUAGUGCCAUGUUGCUCAGAAACCCUGAAGGACCAUGGUGUGUCACACACCCUUUUGUGAAAGCUGCUCAGCUUCAGAGUCUGUCAGCAUCAUAAUCAGGUGACAAAAUGGUGCCAUGUGUGGGGAAGGCCUGCAUUGAUUCCCUCUUCGAUGAGCUGAUCUGGUGGCGGGAACAUGCAAGCUGUGGGUGGCUCAAGACAGGCGAGGCUUGGUUCCAUUCUUAUGUUGUCCCUUGCUUGGAGCCAUGGGUCUCCAGGGGUCAUUUUAUUUUAAAAUAAACUUAGAUCCUGGUAAGAGGCGAAGAGCAGCCAGGUUGUUGAGGCUGAAGCUGCUGAAGCCAGGUCAUGGGAGUAAAGAGAUGGCGUGUUCAAACCUAGGGAGUCCUGUGUCCAUUUGUCCACGGUACAUUGCAUCUCAAGAUCUUCCCGUUUGCCAUAAGUGUAGUAUUAUUUCUGGCUUUUUAAAUUAAUCUAGAAUAUGAAAAGAUGGAGUUGUAUCUUGACAGAAAUCUUUGUGCUUUUAACAUUAUUUGGAAUUUUAAAUUCUGCCAGUAACUUGUGAAUCCUUGGAAGGGCCUCUUUGUACAACCCGUGGCAUAGAGGAAUAUGGCCUCACUGCCUCACUAGCCAUUUCUCAUGGCAGCCUGCAGAUGGAUCCUCUGACUAGUGCCUCGUGACUAGAUAACAAUGUGAUGGUCAAGAUCUCAUGACAAUGUUAUAUUUGAGUUUAAGGUCAUCAUUUAAAAUACUCUUAAUCUCAGUUUUUUAAGUAUUUUUUGACUGUAUAUUAUAGCUGAAUUGAGUAUGUAUGGAUGGAUUGGGUGGGGAGAAAUUAAGUCUCAGUAGAUAAUCCUGUGCCAUGUUAUUCAGCUAACAGGUUUACAAAUAUAGGUUGUUUUGUUGCUGUGGGAGCCCAGUGAAGGAAUACUGGGCAGCGUUUUCUGUUUUUUUAAAUAGCAACAGCGCAAAAGCCAAAAAAGUUUAACUGUCAUUCGGGUCACAAGACUAAUGAGUACUUUCACAAAGAAGAUCACUAGCUUCAAAAGUUGUUGGGUAACACAACUUGUGCUGAAGGCAUUUAGUACCUUCCAAUAAUUGGCUUUGAAGACCUUAGACACCCCAUUCUGACAAUCUCAGAAUUGUCAUCUCAUCAGCCCCAAAUCAAUCAUGAAAAAAUACAAAAAUGCAAAUGCCCCCCCACAUGGAAUCUUUCAGACUUCUUUGAACCAGUCUGUUUUUUUUUAGUCAGUAAACAUUUAAAAAAAUAUUUCACCAAUGCUUAAUGUGAUCUGCCUUAAGACAACAGAAAUAUGAGAGAAGUACUUGUUGGGUGAAGUUUAGGCCAUCUUUCAGUGUCAUUACUGAUUUCUUCUUUUUCUAAAAUUUAUUAACUCUAAAGGUGUAAGAUUUCAGAUCUAUUUCAAAUCUAUAUUUUUGAAAAUUUACAGAAAGUUAUCACAUAACUUGUUUGGAAAAAGAAAAUGACUUAGAAAUUGUCAAUAUUUUCUAAAAUGAUAAACAGGUAAUAAAGGCCUAUUCUAGUAACUAUUGGCAUGAUGAGGUCAUUAUAUUUUGUGCUAUCUAUAAUGACAUAAAAUUCAUAAUUUUCUCCUUAAUAUUUUUCAAAAUCAAACUUUUGUUGGUUUUCCCAAUUCACUAGUAUCAUGUUCUAAUUGUCUAUUAAAUCUUUGAGUAGCUCUUGGCUUUAAUUACUCUGACUUCAAGGCCAUAAAAAGACACUGUGAACUGUUCUGAAAAAAAACAAAAAAACCCAUUUCAAUAUAGAUUUUAAAAAGAUCUCUUCUAAAGCUAGGAACAAUCUACUGUUACACACUGACUUUGUGGUUACCUUUUAGACUAUCCAGAUAGUAAUCUUUAACAUUUUCCUGUGUAAACCUAAUCGUAGUAGAAAUUUUUACCAAUUCUCUUCUCAAGUAAAAUUCUAUAUAUAUUCCCUGUGGAAAUGUAAGUAUGUACGGUUCAAAAAUUCUCAAAAAAAAGUGUUCAGAGAUUGCUGCUUUUGCUUCUUUUGGACAUCUUGGAAACUUUAUUAACAACUGUGAAUAUGAAAAAUACAAAAGAAAACAGUAGCAAAGUCCUGUCUACGUAAACAUUCAGCACAGUUCAUUGUUAAAAAACAGCCAAACCUCAGACUACUGUAUUUCAAUAUCUGUACUGAAAGCGUGUGCAUUGUGACUAUUAUAUGUUGCAUAUCCUUCAUUCACUGUAAUCAUUGACAAAAGGGAUUUGUCUGUUUUCUUCUUGUGGUUGUAUAUAUCAGCUAAUUUUCUUCCAAAGAGCCAUGUGUCCUAUAUAAUACUGAACCACUUUGAUACGAAGAUAUUAAUUUGUAUCCUUAUAACAAUUUACUAGUCAUGAUAUAGUACUAUAGUAAGAUAGCUCUAAUUCUCUUCAAAAUCAUUGCAUCCCUUUUAUAGAAUGUUUAUAUUUCCAAUAAGGAUUAAGUUUUCUCUCUUCUUAUACCCUAGGAUGAAGCUAUGUUUUUUUGUGCUUUUUAUCAUUGGCCCCUUCAUUCCAAGCACUUUAUGCUGUCUCUAAUGGGAUCUAUUUUUGCACUGGAAUAUCUGAGAAUUGCAAAACUAGACAAAAGUUUCACAAAAGAUUUCUAAGUUAAAUCAUUUUCAUUAAAAGGAAAAAAAAAUUUUGUAUGUCAGUAACUUUAUAUGAAGUGUUAAGAAAACAUAUUUCUAUGUUGUAAUGAGUCACGAAAUAAAGCUGUGGCAGUUCUGCUGG